AUGCCGGUUCCAGACCUCGCUCCCGAGCAACUGCAGGAACUAAUGCAGCUGCUGGCUGAGCAGAUCCAGUUCCUCGUCGCCGAAAGAGACUAUUAUGGCUACGAGCGAGGCUUCUACCGUGACCUUAUCGCUCGCUUCCUUUCGCUAAUCGGUUCCUCACCACUGCCGCCGAGGCCAUCUUCGCCAUACGGCACAGAGACGUCCGUUGUACCGGCUUUGUUGAAGAAUCCUGGUCAUCGGGAUAGAGCAGGUGGUGAGAUGGUUGGGCCUGCCUCCUUGUCAUUGCACCCUUCUCAGAAGCGCAAGCAUAAGAAGUAG